AUGUUCGGCUAUGAUACACAACGAAAAACUAUUGGUGGCUCCACGGUACGUACACCAACUCGAUCCCGCAUGACGGAUGUCCCCAUGUCGUCUGUGAAAAAGACAAAUGAAAGAGCUGGGACAGUUCGCAUGAGUUUAGGACAAAAUUCAGGAAGAAGGACGUCGUUUUUUCAGAAAACUACCACCCCAGCCUCAAGAGAUAUUCGGGGACUUAUGAACGAAAAUGUAGCAAAGAUUCACACAUUUCUUGAAGAACAUGAGGGAGAGGAUGCAUUGAGCGAAAAGCAGAUUCGAAAGCCAAAUGGUCGUUCAGAUUUUGUCAAUUUAUUCGAACUAUUGUUUCAACAUUUGAAUAGCAAUUAUGUGGUACCACAAGGAUGUAAACUCGAAGAUGAGAUUAUCCCAUUGCUUAAAAACUUGGGUUACCCUUGCGCGUUGAAGCCAAGCCAUUUUCAACCGAUUGGAUCUGGUCAUGGUUAUCCAUAUCUUAUUGACGCACUCGCUUGGCUUGUUGAUCUCAUUCGGUCGAACAUUGAUGUUUCCAACAAAACUGACCAAAUUUUCAUCAAUCAUUCAUUCGAUCAAUUCGUGGUUAAAGAAAGAACUGUUUUCUAUAGUUAUAUGCAAAUAUUCUUUGCGGAAGUUUCGGAGAAUCGCACACUUAUGAAUGAUCCAAACUUUAUAGAAAACCGUCGACAGAAACUUCGCGAUUGGUUGCAAACACAGGAUGAUUUUGAAGAGCAAGCUGAGGCUCUUCGAAACGCUGAAGAGCAAUUCAACUUUGAAUGCGAAGAACUUUGCUCAGAUAAAGGACGUGAGCAGCAAUAUCGCGACAAUUUGCAAACAUUCGAGAAUGAUUUCCGCAAGGCGAAUGAAUACAAAAAUUCUGUAGAAGCAUGUCUUCUUACUUCACGACAAACAUUGACUUCGGUUUCGGCGGAAAAUGAGGAAAUCAAACAGAAAUUACAAUUGGCAAAUGAUGAAGUUCAAGCUUUGAAAAAUCGAAUUGAAGAGCAGAAUUCAAAGUUUGGAAUAUCUGGCGAAAGUGCUCGAAAACUGACAAUGGAAAUUGCGAAUUAUAAGGAUAUUCUACAAGCGACCCAGAAUAAAUUGGAAGAAGUUUUUAAGGAGAAAUGGAGUGUUACCAAUAAAGCGAAAAACGCUUUCAAAAAGCAAAUUGCUUCCUACGAGAAUCUGCUCAGUCUUCUAAAAAAGGCGAUGUCAGGAUUGGUAAUUGAUAUCGAACCAUUCGGAGUUCCUGAAAAUGAAACCACGUUAGACGCUGAACUGAAAAGAAUGGAUCGCGUUGGAAUUCCGUUGAUAAAAGAGAAACUGAAUGCCGAGAAAAUAGAGCUAGAUUGCAAGUUGUCUCGCGCGAAACAGAGCCAAAAUCUGGACAACGAGAAAGUUGAAAUCGAAAAAGAAAAAAAUGAAGAAAUGAAGAAGGAGCAAGAUCGUAUCAACCGUACUAGAAAACGUGAACGAGAGGAAUGGAAAGAAGAGAGAUGUCGAUUGGAAAAAGAGCUUGAUCAAUUGCAAAAUGAGAAGGAGAUUCUGACGGAGAAGAUUCAAGAAAUCGACGGCCUUGAUAAGCAAAUUUCCGACGAGCAAAAGGCAUAUGUGGCUUUGUGUGAUCUUUUGAAUAAUAAUAUACAAGAGCUUGAGAACAGAAUUCAAGAAAAAGCUGAGCCAAUGGUUCAAAAAAUGAUCGAUAUGGAGAUUGAAAUUGCCGUUUUGAAGAAAAAUCGAAAGGAGUUGCUGGAGACAGUCGAAACGUUUUGA